CUGUUUCUAUUGCAGAUGGUCCCUAUUCCAGCUGGAGUGUUCAUGAUGGGGACUGAUGAACCUGAGAUACGGCAGGACGGGGAGUGGCCUGCUAGAAGAGUUCAUGUUAACCUGUUCUACAUGGAUCAGUAUGAAGUCAGCAGCACAGAGUUUGAGAAAUUUGUGAAUUCCACGGGCUAUGUUACAGAGGCAGAGAAAUUUGGAGAUUCCUUUGUGUUUGAGGGCAUGCUGAGUGAACAAGUGAAAGCUGAAAUCCAACAAGCAGUUGCAGCUGCUCCCUGGUGGAUGCCUGUUAAAGGAGCUAAUUGGAGGCACCCAGAAGGUCCUGAUUCUAAUAUCUCAAACAGAAUGGAUCACCCAGUUCUUCACGUCUCCUGGAACGAUGCAGUAGCCUACUGCACGUGGGCAGGAAAACGAUUACCCACUGAGGCCGAAUGGGAGUAUAGCUGCCGAGGGGGGCUUGAAAAUAGACUUUUCCCAUGGGGCAACAAGCUUCAGCCGAAAGGUCAGCAUUAUGCCAAUAUUUGGCAGGGAGAAUUCCCAACAAAUAAUACUGGAGAGGAUGGAUACAAAGGAACUGCACCUGUUACUGCAUUUCCUCCAAACCAUUAUGGCUUGUAUAACAUAGUGGGGAAUGCCUGGGAAUGGACAUCUGACUGGUGGGCUGUUCAUCAUUCCCCACAGGAAACCCACAACCCGAAGGGACCCUCCUCGGGGACUGACAGAGUGAAGAAAGGUGGAUCCUAUAUGUGCCAUAAGUCCUAUUGCUACAGGUAUCGCUGCGCAGCCCGCAGCCAGAACACUCCAGACAGCUCAGCUUCAAACCUGGGAUUUCGGUGUGCAGCAGAUACCCUGCCGGAUGACUUGCAAUGACCGAAUUUGGAACCAUUCAGCUCUCUGUGGCUACAAAAUGUCCCUCCACCAAGAGGACUUCGGUGCAGUUCCAGUCUGCUGAGAAGGCUCUUUGGUAAUCGAUGACUGCCGAGACUGGAGAAGAAAUUGGGGUGUGAGAAAAGAAAAAUAUUGGAAGAACCACUUU